CUCGGAGCUGACAGAAGACUGAGAAGAAAAGAGAGGAAGAGAAAGUACUGGAGUAAAGCAAAGCAGAACUCACAGAGGUUAAAGCAGAGAGUUUUUUUAGAUACAGAAGUCAACCCCCCCUGUCAGGAGAAAAAAUGGCUGCAGCCUUCUUAGAAGAUGGUCUAAAUGGACUCAUGAUAAAUCAAGAAAGGGAAAAGGAAGAACCUUGUAAUGAAAAGUACUUUGUAAUACGGAUUAAGAACUCAGAUGAUGACGCUUCAAAAAAGGACGUGAUACAAUAUUUUAACCCUCAAGUAGAGAAAACUUUUAGCACCAAUCCUAAUCAUAUGAGUAAAGAAAUAAAGCAAAUAAUAAAAAAGCUCCACAUUGAAGAUGCAGCAUUUUUAAUCAUUGAUACAACAUCAUUAAAAGAUGCUCAGAAAGGAGAAUGUUUGAAACUGAUGGAGUUUAACGCCCAAAUACAGGAUACAGCGUACAAAUGGUUUGUGACUCAAGACAAGAAGGUUUACGCAAAAGCAUUGCACAAGUCAGCCAUGAAAAAUAGAGAUACAUAUUGCAUUACUGGAUUUCAUAAGGAUGGACAAUAUACAUUUACUUUUAAGAAUACUGACAAUGAUCUCUAUUUCGCAUACGACAACGGCAAGUUUGUUUUAAAGGAAACGACAACCAUUGAUGACGACAUCUAUAAUUUCAACGUGAAUCCCUCUGUCGCAAUGAUCUAUUCAAUAUCUCCAGUAACAUCUCCAGAUAUGUUCAUUAGCACUUCGCAAGAAAAUAAUUCUCCUGUUACUAUAGAGCAUAAGGAGAAAAACGACGUUAUCAUGGAAUUUAUAUUUCGAAACAAAAUAUUUGUAAACCAAUUUAUACCUGGUUGUAAUACAUUUAAAGAAUUGCUCAUUAUAUUUAAACAAUGAUAGAAGUUGUACGACCACAAGUAAACUACCAGUGACUCUAGUAAACAUUGUUAACUUGAUUCACAAGUGCCUGUAUAUGUUUCAGCACAUAUUAAAUUAUUUCUUUCUAAA